GAGCUGCGUCCGCCGCCCGCGCGCUCUCAUUCCGCCCUGACUUCCCCUCCGCCAGCGGCCUGCUGCUUUGAGAUGAACAGAAGAUGUCGGUUUCGGGGCUAAAGGCCGAGUUGAAGUUUCUGGAGUCGAUUUUUGACCCAAAUCACGAGCGGUUCCGAAUCAUAGACUGGAAACCCGAUGAGCUAAGCUGCCAGUUCAAUGUAACGAGAGAAAAGCUGCUGAUCAUCCACUGCAACAUCACGGAGUCCUACCCCUCAACACCCCCGAUAUGGUUUGUUGACUCCGAUGAUCCCAGCCUGGCUGAAGUUUUGGAGCGCUUGGAGGAUGUCAGAAAAGGCAGCACCUUGCUGCUUCAGCAGUUGAAGCGGCUUAUUUGUGAUCUGUGUCGGCUUUACAAUCUGCCACAACAUCCUGAUGUGGAAAUGCUGGACCAGCCUCUACCCGCUUGCCCAAUCACACAAGAGCGUAAGCAUGGGCCAACAGAUGAGGUGACCUCUGAAGAGGAAGAGGAGGAGGAAAUGGGAGAGCAGGACAUAGAUCUGGACCAAGACCAGGACCUCUAUGACAUGAAAGAAGAGGAGCCCCCAGAGGGAAAGAAAUCUGAAGAUGAUGGAAUAGAAAAAGAAAAUCUUGCCAUCUUGGAGAAAAUACGUAAAAACCAGAGACAAGAUCACUUGAAUGGUGCGGUGUCUGGCUCGGUGCAAGCCUCAGAUCGCUUAAUGAAGGAACUCAGGGAGAUCUACAGGUCACAGAGUUACAAGACGGGUAUUUAUUCAGUCGAACUAGUCAGUGACAGCCUUUAUGAAUGGCACGUCAAGUUAAGGAAGGUAGAUCCCGAUAGUCCAUUGCAUAGCGACUUGCAGGUUUUAAAAGAAAAGGAAGGAAUGGACUUCAUUCUGCUCAAUUUCUCUUAUAAAGAUAAUUUUCCUUUUGACCCUCCUUUUGUACGGGUUGUGUCUCCUGUGCUCUCUGGGGGUUAUGUCCUUGGAGGAGGAGCAUUGUGCAUGGAACUUCUCACAAAACAGGGCUGGAGCAGUGCCUACUCAAUAGAAUCUGUCAUUAUGCAGAUAAAUGCAACUCUGGUUAAAGGCAAAGCCAGAGUCCAGUUUGGAGCCAAUAAGAACCAGUACAAUCUUGCCAGAGCACAACAGUCGUACAAAUCCCUCGUGCAGAUUCACGAAAAGAACGGCUGGUACACACCCCCUAAAGAGGAUGGAUAAGGAGCGGCUCCCCCGCUAUGCACUGGGAACACGUCUUUGGGUCAUCUUGUUUUCUUCAGAAUAUUUUCCCGCUCUGACUUACUGGGAAUUUAUCAUCUUUCUCAUAGAAACCAUCUCGCUGCCUCAUCUGACAAGUAUUCUCUGGCCAAGCUCUGGAAA